AUGACAUCUCCUUCCAACCCAGACCCGCCGACCCACCCAAUAAGCCGCACCAUUGCUGAAUUUGCGGAGCAUAUGACUCUGAGCGGGAUGGAACCUGAUCUGGUCGAACUUGCGGUGACCAAGUGUUACCCCAGCUUUUUCCCUUCAACCUCGUUGCCUCAAGACGCCAAUAACCUGGUGCCGACGAGCCCGACGACAACUCAAAUUCCUGUGGGUUUCAAUUGCCCCGUGCCCUCAAACUCCAUUCCACCCCAGACCUUUCCAAAUGGCAGCUCUGAUACCACAUUGAAUGGCCCACUGCUUUCCGGUGCAAUUUUUGUUGAGACGUUAUAUUCCUUUCCCAGCUAUCAGACUGGUAUGCCUCUCUCCCCAUUUUCACUGCCCAACUUUCCAGAGGUUGACAAAACUAAACCUUCCCGGUGGGCCUUCGGUCAAUCAGAAUUGGCAUCGGUUCCGGUUGCUGGCCCAAGCAGCUGGCCUUACAUUGCCCCGCCCAUGGGGUUGAAUUUCAAUUUCAAUCAAUCCGUCACGAAUAAUCGCAUUCUAGAUGGCUGGCAGCCAGAUGGGACUCUUACUGAUAGAUUCUUGGGAUCAGAAUUGUCAAAUGCUCCUGUUGCCGGCCCCAGCAGCCAGCCCUACACUCCCCCGACCAUGGGAGUAAGCUACAAUUUUGGUGAUUCGGUCCCGAACAGCAUUCCUUAUGGCCAGCAGGUGGAUCAAUUGGGCACUGAAAGUGCCUCAGAAGAAAUCCAAAACAUAUCCAAGCAAAAGGGGAAGAAGAGAGUUUACGAGUCCCCUAGCAAGGGGUACCAAUCAGAUAGAAAAUUCAAUGUGGACCGACGCAAAAAACCGCCGCUAAACCCGGAAGACAGGCUUCGCUGCACGAAAGAUGGCCACAAUACAUCAUUUGGCACUGAGGCAGCAUGGAAAAGACAUAACAGGAUAUAUCACGGAGCCCCGCGAGCAAGGCCACGGGGAAGAACGCAAAAAGCAUCUGACAAAAAAUACCCCUGCAAGUACGCCAAUCAGGGUUGCAAAAAGACCUACAAAAGCCUCAACGAUUGGGGAUACUACAAUCACCUCAUGAAGGAUCAUCACGAGGUUGUGAUACUGACUGGCCCUGUCAGAAGGGAAAUGGUUUCGACUUCAUCGGAGGAACACACUCCGGCUCCCGGUCCGUCACGGGAACCGAGCUCAUAG